AUGCGCAAUCAGCUUUCUUCCAAAUCUACAUUACAAAUACGAUCUUCAAACUUCUUUAAAUUUACAAAUCCUUUAUUAUAUUCAAAUUCUAAUUCAAAUAUCAUUCAGAUUUCGAAAACAAGAUUUAAACAUUUUCAAGAUUCUUGCAUACAUCUCAAUUCUGCUAAUAAUUUACUAAAAAAGCAAAAAUUUGAAACUCAAACUAUCUUUGAAGGAGAAUAUAAAUUAACAGAUUGUAUAUUUUCGAAAUGCAACGCAGAGAAAAUCAAUGGGAGUGCGAUAUAUACGGAAUUUCCAGUUGAAUUAAAAAAUUGUAUGAUAAGUGAAUGUUUAUCUAGCUUUAGUGCUAUCUACACAACAACAAACAUAAACAUAACAUUCUGUUCUUUCAUGAAAAACAAAGGAAACAUGCAAGCCGGCGAUCUUACAAUAAGAGGUCAAAAUUCUAUAACUCUUCUUCAUUAUAACGUCAAUACGCAAGCUAGUUCUCAGCUUUUUGCUUCUACUUAUCGACAAGCAGAUGGAUUAUCUGACUUAAAAUAUACUAAUUUUACGAAAAACACGGCUUCAGCAUGUGUAGGAGUAAUUGAAGACUCUGGAGGAUGUUCAUCAUAUUUAUACACGAUAUUUGAUCAAAACUCUGCACAAAUCCAUAACGGCUGCAAUGUUAUUACGAAAAAAGAGCACACAUCUAUAGAUUUCUGCAGUUACAUACGCAAUGAUCAUAACUCAAAUGAACCUCUUGCAGCUGCUGCUAUUUUGGCUUAUUUAAACAGCGGAGAAAUCAUUUUAUCUGAUUCAAUUUUCUUCAAAAAUAAAAGAGCUGGAACUCAUACACUAACAUUUAAAUAUGGAUCAUCAGUUCAUUUCAUUUGCUGCUGCUUCUCUUCUGAUUUCAACAAUGAAGUUUCAAUUGAUUACAAUUUUGAGAAAAUUAACAAUACUGGAGGCCUGUGUAAGAUGCAUUUCGAUACUUUAUACUAUAGCAAACAAGGAUACAUCGAAUCACGAUCUUUUAAUGACAGAAAACCGAAACUUAUAAAGAUCAAAUUUGAUUUGACACGAUAUGAUGUCUUUUGGUUCUUCAUUAGCUCUACUUUAUCAUUCGUGUUCACUGCUAUUAUCGUUCGCCUUUAUAAGCGAAAUAAAAUUUUUAUCUACUCUUUGUUGAGAAAAAAUAAGCUGUAA